GUAUCAGCCGCUUCAACGACUCAAACAAGAAGCGACACUAGGCGUGCUCAAAGUACGCCAACUAAACCUUAUUCAAUAAGAAUGAUUUUCCAAAAGUCCAACUAACGGUAAUAAUGCGAGUGGAUUUACUGGACAGACAUCAGUUUUAAGAGUAUAUUUAGCGGGAUAAUUUGUGAUGGCUACUACUGAGAUGGAAUCUGGUUCCUCAGAUCAUGGGACACUGGACCCUGAUUCAAAGUACCCACUGAAAGUUCUCUACUGUGGAGUGUGCUCUCUGCCGACAGAGUAUUGUGAGUACAUGCCUGAGCCGGCCAAAUGUAGGCAUUGGCUUGAGAAGAACUUCCCAGAUGUUUUUGCCAGGAUGACUGUUGGUGGCCCGGCAGCGAAUGCACCCAAGCAGGAAUCCGGCUCUGGAGAAGCUCCUCCAGCAGGCGAGGACGAGGAGAGAAAGAAACAGAAGAGAGGUGGAAGAGGUCAGAUCAGACAGAAAAAGAAGACGGUGCCUCAAAAAGUCACGAUAGCAAAAAUCCCAAGAGCCAAGAAAAAAUAUGUGACACGGGUGUGUGGCCUGGCAACAUUUGACAUCGAACUUAAAGAGGCUCAGCGAUUCUUUGCCCAGAAAUUCUCUUGUGGUGCCUCAGUGACAGCAGAGGAUGAAAUAAUCAUUCAGGGAGAUUUUACAGACGACAUAAUCGACGUCAUUCAAGAGAAGUGGCCUGAGGUGGAUGAUGACAGCAUCGACGAUCUGGGCGAAGUCAAGAAGUGAAGACCAAAUAUGCACUUUUACUGAAAUGGAUGUGACCUGUAACAGCGAUAACCCGGCCAAAUGUACACAUUAAGUCAUUUUAUACCUAUUUUAUUUACUGUUCAUAAGAAGCUGCGGACUUGGCCACUCACUUGGCGUUUUUUUUUUUUUUUAGUUGGUAGCUGCUUUCUCUCGUUUGCCAAAGGUGUGGUAUGACGUGAAUCCCUCCCAAAUGUUCUUCACUCAAGCAAACUGUAGGCUAAUAAAUUUCAGUCUCCCUCUGGCCUGUA